CGCCGCUGACAUCAUUCCCGCAGGAGGGCGGGCGGAGGCAUCGCCGCCGCCACACGGUCGCAGCCCCGGAGAGCUGCCCGCCGGCCCGCGCCCAUUUAUCUCAGCCUAAAGCCUCCCCAGAGCAAGGAUGCUGAUUCUCCUGGCCUUCAUUAUCGUGUUUCACAUAACCUCAGCAGCUCUGCUGUUCAUCUCAACAAUUGACAAUGCCUGGUGGGUGGGAGAUAACUUUUCUGCAGAUGUCUGGAGAGUGUGUACCACGAAUACGAGCACCUGUAUGGCUAUCACUGAUGAGUUCAAUGAGUAUCAAUCAAUUCAGGCUGUUCAGGCCGCCAUGAUCCUGUCUACCAUUUUCUGCUGUGUGGCAUUUCUGGUUUUCAUUCUUCAACUCUUCCGUCUAAAGCAAGGAGAAAGAUUUGUGUUAACUUCUGUUAUCCAGCUCCUGUCAUGUCUGUGUGUUAUGAUUGCAGCUUCCAUUUACACAGACAGGCAUGAAGAACUGCACCAGAGCCAUGGAUAUGUAAUGGAAGUUUCCAAAGGCCAAUAUGGCUAUUCCUUUGUCUUAGCCUGGAUUGCCUUUGCCUUUACCCUGAUCAGUGGAGUGAUGUACUUAGUAUUAAGGAAGCGUAAAUAAAUGUCAGCACCUAGUUAUUUCUGUCACUGCAGUACAAAACCAAAUUCCAGUAACCAUUUUGUAUAUAAUCAUUUACAUGGUUUUGUAGUAAAGGUAUUGUUUCUCUAAAAAUGUACUGUGUUCUUGAUAUGAAACAGAAUUAAAAAAAAAAAGAAGGCAGGUGAAAUGAAAUGCCUGGCACCUCCAGGUCAGGGGUCAGAGCAAGACAGAGCCAAGUUGUUUCUUUUACAUUCUUUUACAUAUUUCAUCAUCAUAAAUUGUUUUCCUUUAUUAGACAUUAACAGUUUGUUCCUGGCCUCUAGUAGAUUAGAAAUAAAGCCCAUACAAAUUAAUUUGUAAGCAAUAUACUAAUUAUAUUCCUGGACCAGAUAUCCCUUUGAAAUAUGUUAAAUAGAAGGGCGUGCAACAAAACAAGGCCCAGAUGACAAUGAAAAAGCAAACACAUCUAAAGCCCAGAGCUGCACUCAGAGCGUCUGCCCUGGCUCAGGACCAGUGUUCUGCUCUUUAUAAUGUGCAGUAAGUGUCAUCAAGUUUUUAUUAAAACCACUUGCUUUGCAAAAGUAAACAAGCCCUUUUUGUACUCCAGCAAAUGUUUCUCUUGAUUGUGUUUCACAUUUAAUUUAAGCACACAGAGCCUUUGGUGGGAGCACUUAUCAGCCAAUUCCCUGUUCAGCCUGGGCCCAGCACAGCUGGGGCAGUGAGGAGCUCCCCACCCCAGCCCUGGAUCCCUGAGCCUUGGGCAGCCUUCCUGGGAGGGAGAAAAGGGGAACAGGAAAGCAUUACUGGGCCUAUCUGCAGAUUUCUAAGCAGCCUAGUGAUCAAGCAAUGCCAAAUUUAGGUUUUUACAGCCUAACUCAAGAUGUUUAUUACACUGAGUUUUUAUCACAUAGUGAUUUCAUGGUUAAUGUGCCCUGUACAAAAGCAUUCCCUGAGUCUGCCCAUUGGGAAAUUGGCCUUUAAAAAAUUGACUUUAAAUUUCUUUGUGGAUUUUACUGGAACUAAACUCUACUACUAACCAAAUCAGAGUGCAAUUGCUAUGCUUAUGAAUUCCAGGAUAGGUUUCAAGAUAAAAUUACUUGGUUUUUAUUUUUCAGUAAUUUUGUGAGCUAAAUCUUUGCUCUAAUACCAGGCUUAGCUGCUCAGCAGUGUAAUACUGGAUUUGGCUGAUGGUGAUUCUGGAGAUCAGUGUGGAGAAUGAACGAAGCAGUCUGUCCUGGUUAGUCACAGCUUUGAUGCUUAAGUACAGAUUUGACUUUUGAAAAGCUCUAACCAUUUAUUUAUUUAUUUCAUAUUCACUACAGCUGGCCCAAUGCAGAGGCAGUAAAAAAGUAAAUACGUUUUUAAUGAGGUAUUACACUUAAAGGAGAACAAGUUCAGUAUCAUAAGGCAGUGUAGCUCUACUGAAGUUAAUAAUUGCUAUAUUAGACAUCAGAUAAUGAAAUUUUAUCUGAUUUCUUCAGAUUUGUCCUUGAUUUAUCAUGAAGUAAAAGUUCAAGUGCAUAGCUUUUUAGGAACUGUCUCCAGCAUGAGUGACAGGCCAUGUAGUUCCAUCUUCAUUCCUUCAGCAUCCUAUAAUGCUUUGGCAUGUGCUGCUUGUUUUCAGGAGGAAAGAAAUUCCAAUAAGACUGUUAAAAAAUUAGGAUGAGCAAGCAGGACAUCACAGUAAAAGUAAUAAUAAUAGUUAAAAACCCAUAUAAUUUUGAAGAAAAGGGAUUCUUCCCAAUCUAGCAUCAUGCUAGUAUUUCAUCAGGUUUUUUUCCUCUUAGUGGGAGUGCUCUGAAUUUCAAGAAUUAUUACCCUACUUUUUAAAAAAGUGUUUCUAUAAUUUGCUGAAUUCAUUUCAGGUUCAAAACCUGAGUUUUUCUAGCAAACAGAAUUUGUGUUAAAUAAAUAGAUGCAGGUUUAAGGGUGAAAGUAAAUAGACUGUUAGCUAGGCAUUUUGCUACUUUUAUUAAAACAUGAGACAAUAAGGAAAAUUUUAAAGCAAAUACAGAUUAAAGCUCUAAUAUCUAGAUGACAGUCCUGAAGAAUUCUAAGUUAAGCUUUUUAUGCCACUGACUUGCAGAGAUGCUUCAGUUCCUUGCCUUGAUAAUGCUCAGGUCAUUUGUAGAGCAAAUAUUUAAAAUAAAGAUGUAGAUAUAUAUGAACACAGUUUAAUUCCACAGUAAAAGCUCUGUCCCUUUAAUAAAGUGAAAAGCACACACACAACAAAUACUCUGAUGCACAACACCUCCACUUGUGUACAAACACCAGCAUGUGCAUGAUGCCACACAAGAGAUGGGAAUGUUCUGCACAAGUGAACAAAUCAGUCUGAACUAGAGUUUGAGCAGAACAAACAUAUUUUAGGGGUUUUUUUCUACCUUAUAUGUCUUUAAAAUAUACCAUUUUCUAUACUCUAUAUAUUCUGAAAAUGUACAUGAAAAUAAAGUUAAAACAAAUUCUUGUACUGUAUUAGCAAACUCAAUACAUUUAGCAAUCUGACCUUUUCUUUAAGCUUGGGAUAUAUUUACACAAUGUUGGAUGAGAAAUAGUUGAGUUUUUGUGUGAACAGGUAAAAUUAAAUUCUUCCUGCCUGUAAGUAGAACCAGAACCUGAUUAUUUUGUCCUUUAUUGAAGACCUUUCAGAGUAAGCAGAGAAAAUAUUAGUGUAUUGAACUUUUAAAUGUAUGGUGUCAAGAGAACGUCUUGAGUAAUGUAAGAUCCACUGAUGCUCUGAGGAGUUACCUAUAAGGUUUUUUUAUUUUCCAUCAUUUGCAGAAACAAUCAUAUAUUUUAAGAUGAGGUUGAGUGCCUUGACUGUAUGAGCAAAUAAUGUGAGAAACAAGCCAGUGACUUCUGUAUCUGCUCUGGUCCAAGCUUUGGAUUUGCAAAUCACACAGCACACUUGGGUUUGUACAGAUCCAUUGAAAACACUCCCCCAGUUCCACAGAAAUAAUUCCCCAAACACCAUGAAACUUCUCCUUUGUAAUCUUAAUGGAUAAGAGGAAAAAGUCCCGAUUAUUAUAAUAUUCACUAUCAGCCGUGAAUGUACCUUUAUAUUUUUCACCCAGCAAGUAAUCAUCUGCAGCACA